UUGCUGCAAAAGAGGAGCUAAAAAAGGAAAGGAAAUCCAAACUAGAAGAAACCUCUUUUUUCCCUUCCCUCUUGCACUUGAAUCAGUGUCCGGCCUUAUCCAGUUAUUACAAAAAUCAUAACUUUUUCUCCAUAAUUUUCUUAUAUAAUUCAGUAUCACUUUCCAUAAAAAAUUAAGCCAACAGCAUAAAAUUACGAGACUACAAAUUACUUCUAAAUACACCUACAUUACAAAUACAACAAUUUUAUUACAAGUCACAUGUCAAUUCCAUCGCAAAAUUGUUUUAAACGACACAUUACAGUCAGAUUUGAAUAUUGACCUGUUUGGCCCAAUUUUUUUCGGUUCGAUCAAUUUGUCCAAAAUUAAUUGAACUUCUAAAAAAAGCUUAGCUUAUUUUCAUAUUUUCCAAAACGGAAUUGGAUAUUUUUAGACGUCAAUUAAGCAGCCAAAUCUAUCAUCACUUUUGAUAACCAAAAAUAGCUGGAAAAUUGUCCGGUGGUCCAACAUAUUCCCAAAAUUUUGUCUACCCAAUUCCAAACCGGGGCCUAAAAAUUUCUAUAUUUUUACCUACUGUAAUUUACAUUUGCUGUUCGGUUUAGAUUUAAAUAUUCAUCUUUUUUUUUGGUUAUUUACAAACCGUAUUUAUUGGCAAUUAGUCUGAUGAAAACGUUAGUCAAAAUUCUUAAUUGAAGAACCCUUGUUCCCUAAAAUUGCAGCCUUUUUACACUCACUUAUUUUGAAGUGUUCAUACAAUUACCGCCAUAAUUUUUAAAUCUGAUUCUCUAACUUGAAGAGGUCAAUUUUGUGCCAUAUAAUAUUAUUUUUAAAACAAGAUAAAUCGGAUUAAUCGAAUGGAAUUUGCCUGCUGUCGUCCUCAUUCGACUUUGGGCCAUUAUCAGUUAAAUAGUUCAAAAAAAAUUACUUAUCUUUUUUGAACCUGAUUUUUUGUUGCAACAUCAAACCUUAAACUGAGUUCUAGUAGCACAAAAACUCGAGUUUUAUAAGAAAUAUAAUUAAAUAGACCUAAUUUUUUUCGACUGUUCCAAAUCUACUACAAAAAAAAACACGGCAUCGCCAAAACAUGGAGUGUCUUGACAACAUUCUGUUUAUUUUCCUGACUUUAAGCCCUUGGUCCAACUUUUUAUACUUCCCCAUCACAAUUUUAUCAUCCCCGUUCUCAAUGGGGGGACAUAUAGUCCCCUUCUUUACAUCUUCAUCUUCAUCUCUGUUGGGGGUGUCUGCCCUGUCUGCUACGGGAGGUCAUUUGGAGCAGGGGGAGAAGGAUUUACUGCUGGCUCUGUUGAACCAGUAUAGAGCCAGUCCACAGUCCAAGAGUCACAACUGGAUAAACCCUCUCCCAAAGGCAUCCAACAUGAUGCAACUGCGUUGGGACGACAGACUGGAGCAAAUAGCACAGAAUCACACGGACAAGUGUCUCUACAAGCACAACGAACACCAAGACUCCUCCCCCCUAGUCAGACAGUUCUGGAGGGACAUGGGGGACGACGUGAACGACAUCUACCUGGGCGAGACUCUCGCAUUCAUGUACUACAAUACCCACGUCGACUCUCAAGAGACCUAUUUGGGCAAAUUUGUGGAGUACAUCUUCUCUUACCAGAACGAUCUCAUCCCCUUCGAUUUCUCGCAGUGCGGGUGUGAGCGAGGUGAGUUCUGCACCCAAGAAUGGAGUCAGCUGAUCACUGUGCUAUGGGCGGAGAGUGAGUUGGUGGGCUGUGCCCAGACCAAGUGCAGGGGAGCAGUCAAUGACCACAUCAUACUCUGCAACCUAUAUCCAGGCCGAAUUAGGCCAGAACAGGGUAGACUUAUGAAGCUAGAGGACAAUACCCACGUCGACUCUCAAGAGACCUAUUUGGGCAAAUUUGUGGAGUACAUCUUCUCUUACCAGAACGAUCUCAUCCCCUUCGAUUUCUCGCAGUGCGGGUGUGAGCGAGGUGAGUUCUGCACCCAAGAAUGGAGUCAGCUGAUCACUGUGCUAUGGGCGGAGAGUGAGUUGGUGGGCUGUGCCCAGACCAAGUGCAGGGGAGCAGUCAAUGACCACAUCAUACUCUGCAACCUAUAUCCAGGGCCGUACUACGACACAUGUCCCUAUGAGAAGUUCUAUGACUGGGUGAGAUGUCCUCAGAACUACUACAAGUCCCCAGAGGGACUAUGCGUCUGUAGCGAUGAAUGUAGGUAUCACAAUGUGGACCGACGGGGAGCCGGACCUGAAGGGGGAGGGGACAAAAACAUAAUUGGGGGCGACAGAGGAGGUGGAGUGAACUCAGUGUCCAACAGGAGCCCCUCCGCCUCUCUUCAGGGGGGCAAAUCACAGUCUGCAGAUCCAUUAGUUCACAUCUUAAUCACACUCCUGCUCCCUUCAGUUUUCGCUAUUUUGAAUGAAAAAAUCAACACUGAACUGUUUCUCACGUGAUCAAUGCGUGAUAAUUUUUUCAAAUCGAGUUGAAUUAAUACAGCCAUACGGUGAUACUCUAAACUAAGUAUCAGAUAUAGAUAAGUUUGCUCUUAUUAGAUUCUGACAGGUGUCUUAAGUUGACCUGGCAUUUAAAAAAUGAUCAAAUUCUUCUACUUUAUGCCCACCUGUGAUUUUGUGAUUUUUGCCUCAAAA